GCUUCCUAGCGGAGCUCUGUGUGGCGCAAUCAUGGCAGAACAUGGCCUCUUCUCCCCCAACAACAUCUAAAAAUACAUUUCCUGCUCGCUCCCUCUCCAAGUCUCCAUAUAUAUCAAGCUCCCGGCCGUAGUAAAGCCAAGCAGUAGCAGACUAGCAGCAGUACCACCACCCACCACAGCUCAGCAUUGCCUCUCACCCAUGGCCUCCUCCACUUGUCCCAGAGCCUGGCUGGCCAUCGGCCUCCUCGCCGUCGCGGUUCUCUUUUCAAGCAAUGCCGUCGUCGUCGACGCCGGCUACUCCCGGGGCGGCGGCGGCGACAUCAAGGGGCAGUUCCUGUCCCAGCAGAACGGGGUGCGGGCGGCGAUGGGGCUCCCGCCGCUGAGGUGGGACGAGCGCGUGGCGUCGUACGCGCGGUGGUACGCGCAGUCCCGGCGCAACGACUGCGCGCUGGUGCACUCGUCGGGGCCGUACGGGGAGAACCUGUUCUGGGGCAGCGGCACGGGGUGGUCGCCGGCGCAGGCGGUGGGGGCGUGGCUGGCGGAGCAGCCGCAGUACAACUACUGGGCCAACAGCUGCAACGGCAGGAUGUGCGGGCACUACACGCAGAUCGUGUGGCGGCAGAGCACGAAGGUGGGGUGCGCCAUGGUGGAGUGCUACAACGGGAAGGGCACCUUCAUCACCUGCAACUACGACCCGCCGGGCAACUACGUCGGCAUGCGCCCCUACUGACCGGCUGCCGCGCGCCGCCGUCGCUGCCCCGCUACGUCUCUCUCUGCAGGUCGAUUGCCGGCCAGCACGGCGCGGCCUGCUACUGUCUUGCUGUCCUUAUUCAUUGCUGCUCACCACGAAGAAUUUAAGAUGAAUCGAUGGUGAUGCGACGAAUGUACAAAAUACGUAUAUUUACUUCUAUUUCUACGUUUUACAUUUA